AUGGCGAAAGGAUCAAAGUUUGAGUUGAAGACUCCAAAGGGGACGAAAGAUUGGCAAGGAAAGGAUAUGGUCAUUCGGGACAAAAUCUUUUCUACUAUUACUGAAGCCUUCAAGCGCCAUGGAGCAGUCACUAUUGAUACCCCGGUUUUCGAAUUGAAGGAUAUUCUUGCAGGAAAAUAUGGCGAAGACAGCAAACUCAUUUACGACCUGGCAGACCAAGGUGGGGAGAUUUGCUCGCUCAGAUAUGAUCUAACAGUACCAUUCGCAAGAUGGUUGGCCAUGAACGGGAGUGUACAAAGUAUCAAGAGAUAUCACAUUGCCAAAGUCUAUAGACGGGAUCAGCCAGCAAUGACCAAAGGUCGCAUGAGGGAAUUCUAUCAAUGCGAUUUCGAUAUUGCAGGUGUCUACGAUCCUAUGUUACCCGAUGCAGAAGUAAUCAGGGUUGCGACAGAAGUAUUUGAAGGUCUUGGCUGGAAGGGACGAUAUACUAUCAAACUCAACCACAGAAAAAUAUUAGACGGAAUCUUCGAAGUUUGUGGAGUUCCAGAGGACAAAAUUCGCACAAUCUCUUCUGCGGUAGAUAAAUUGGAUAAACUCCCAUGGGAAGAUGUGCGCAAGGAAAUGACAGAAGAAAAGGGUUUGGCAGAAGAUGUUGCGGACAAGAUUGGAGAGUACGUCGUACAAAAAGGCCAGAAAGACCUCCUCAGUAAAUUGCAGGCCGAUGAGAAAUUGAUGGCCAAUGCUUCCAUGAAGGCCGGUUUGGAAGAUAUGGAUCUAUUGUUCGGUUAUCUAGAUGCAUUCAAAUGCUUAGAGAACGUUUCUUUCGAUCUGAGUUUAGCACGAGGUCUCGAUUACUACACAGGAAUCAUCUACGAAGUCGUUACGGAAGGGUCUGCACCUCUCGUGAGCACAUCAGCCGCUCCUGCUGCCCCACCAAAAUCCUCCAAGAAGCCCAAGAAAGUAGCUGAUGCCGAUGAGGAUCGCUCAUCAGAUCCUAGUGUUGGUGUCGGAAGUGUCGCAGCUGGUGGACGCUACGAUAAUCUUGUCGGCAUGUUUGCUGGCAAGGGAAAGCAAAUUCCCUGCGUUGGUAUUUCGUUCGGUGUUGAUCGAAUUUUCUCAAUCACAAAGGCUAGAAUGGAGGAGGAGCAGACGACAGAGCAAGUGCGAAACAAUGAUGUGGAUUGCUUCGUCAUGGCUUUUGGAGGAAAGGGUUUCACAGGGCUCCUGAAAGAACGAAUGUCAAUAUGCUCAACGCUUUGGGAGGCUGGUAUCAAGGCGGAGUUCCUAUACAAAGUCAAACCAAAACUACCAAACCAGUUUAAGGCUGCAGAGGUGAAUGGUGUACCUUUCAGUGUCAUCCUAGGCGAAGACGAAAUCACUCAAGGCAAAGUUAAGAUUAAGGAGAAUGGUCUGAGGGAUGGACACCCGGAGAAAGAUGGUGUAAUGGUCAAUCUUGACGCUUUAGUCUCCGAAGUCAAGCAACGACUAAAGAGAAAAGCUGAUAUCGAUAACAUGACUCGAAAAGCCGAUGGUCUGAGAGUUGUAGGAGGCAUUAAAGAUGAUAAAGCUAAGGAAGAUGAAAUUCUUGCACAAGAACAAACUUCUGAGGCUCCUGCAACGAACCCUACAGAGUCUGGAAAAUUGACAGAGAGUGCCGAGCCUGUCUCUGAGGCGGAGAAGCCUGCAGAAGAAACUCCCCUAUCUCAAGAAGCUAUAGGAGCGGUCUCCGCUUCUUGA